CUACGUCCCUCUUUAUUUAAAUUUCUAAAUAUAUCUAUCCUUUCUCCCUAGAAGCAGAGAUUCACCAAUGCUAAGCUUCUCUGGGACAUAACUGUGAGGGGAAAUGGGAAAGGGUCUCUAUUGUGUUUAAGGUUAUAGAAACACAGGGUCAGUGAUGUGAGCCUCCCUUCUAACACAAUACGUUAAGCUGCUGACCUUGGUGUUUAUUUAUAUAUUUCAGUUUGGAAAAGGAAUCUACUUUGCUGACAUGUCUUCCAAGAGUGCCAAUUACUGCUUCGCCUCUCGCCUAAAGGAUAUUGGAUUACUGCUCCUAUCAGAGGUAGCUCUAGGUCAGUGUAAUGAGCUACUGGAGGCCAACCCAGAGGCAGAAGGAUUACUUCAGGGCAAACACAGCACCAAAGGACUGGGCAAGAUGGCUCCCAAUCCUGCGAGCUCCGUCACUCUGAAUGGGAGUACAGUGCCCUUAGGACCAGCACAUGACACAGGAAUUCUGAAUCCAGAUGGUUAUACCCUUAACUACAAUGAAUUUAUUGUCUAUAACCCCAACCAGGUCCGUAUGCGAUACCUUCUAAAGGUUCAAUUUAAUUUCCUGCAGCUGUGGUAACAUUGAUAUUAAAUAAACCAGAGAAGAUAUCUUCAAGCAAGGAAAUAAACAAUGUUGUACUUUUGAACUUUUUCUUAUUUUAUGUAAUAAAAAUAGUACAAAUCUA